AGAUUUAACACAGAGCAGAGCAGAGCCGGCCGCCACAGUCGUGCCCUGGAUUGUAACAGAGAAAGAGAAGCAGCUCUCCUGCGGCCCGUAAGCCCACCACUAUGGACGUCAAGCUGCUGGCACUCACGGCUCUGCUGGCCGUGGCCACACAAGCACCAGCCUCCAACGCUAAGCCCAUCAGUCUGGUCGAGCGCUGCUGGUGUCGCUCCACCCUCAACACGGUUCCUCAGCGCUCCAUCAAGGAGCUCAAGUUUCUCCACACACCCAACUGCCCCUUCCAAGUCAUUGCAAAGCUGAAGAGCAACAGGGAGGUUUGCAUCAACCCGGAAACCAAGUGGCUGCAGCAGUACUUGAAGAACGCCAUUAACAAAGUGAAGAAGUCCAGAAGACGCAAUACCAAGAAAAACUAAACCACAGGAGAAGGCCCCUAUGUCAUUGAGCCUGAUGCUCCCAGGUCAAACCUCUAUACCUCCCUGUCACUGCUAUGGAUGUAUGCAAACACGCUGUAUGUACCCGUCCACAUUUCUGGACCUGCUUGCAGAACCAGCACUUCACCGCCAAAACCGUGCUGUUCCGAGCACCAUACCGAUCCCUGGAUGUCCGAGCAGUCGCCUCCUACUAUCCACGUCAGUGCCAAAGUGCAAUUACACCUUGGAAUGCUGGGACGCAUGUUGAUGUCAAAUGUGUGUUGAGUGCUGAGUGACUGAUGUGAGAAAGAAAGACAAUGAGUGUAUGUGUGUGUUUAAAUGCGUGAACUAACUCUGACUGUGUGCCUGUAUAUAGUAUUUUUCUUGCUUCACACAGCUAUAAAGAAGCAAUGUUAGCUUUCUGUCUCAUGCAAGAUUUCAUGCAAAAACCAUGUCGUGUCAGAUUAACUUUAAAUACAAGCUGCUUCCUUGGAGUAAGUACAUUCUGGACUCAGUUGCCAGGUCCUGCCCUGAUAGGUCAUUUUGUGGUUUGGUAUGUUGAAGAAUUGCUUAAUUCAAAACCACCAAAGGAAAUUCAUCCAAGUCGAACCCACAAAGCAGAGAACGUUCCCACGAUAUUGUGACAAGUUCUAAACAUUUUAGGGAUGUUUAUCAUUUGAAAUAAUGUUCCUGUAAGGUUAAAAGUGAAGUAAGACAGAAUGUUUUAACAUUUGGAGGAUACUUGUCAGAUUAUGUUCCAUGAUAACAAUAGAAGAGCGUUCUCAAACCAAUGUUAAAAAAUAUUUUCAAGGUGCUUACGAGGUUUGAGAAGACAGAAUGUAAAAUGUAAUGUUAUGUAUUAACAAAGGUGCAACAUUUGCCUGCAAUCUUUUGCAUAGGAUUUGAGGACAUUGCUGUUUAGAACACUCCUACUAUGUUACAGCAACAUUCUAGGAACUAAAAGACAACUUUCUGCUGAAAAUAAUAUUAGAAUUUUGCAGAACUUUACACAAAAAUAUUCUAGCUUGGAAAUGACCACGUCCAUGUUACUUCUACUCAUUAUAUUCUGUGAUAUUUUAAUAGUUAUACUAUAUUUAAUGUAUAUAAUAAUAACAUAAUUACUUUGGAUGUGGGCUUUCUGGACAUAAAUGUGAAAAGUUGCUUCUGAUUUGACAUCCCUUUAUGAGGUGAACCAUCCACAGCAGGGCAGAACACGAUACCACCAGUCUGGUAUCGUCUUUAAGCUUGGUGCAGGAACAAAACUACUAAGAAACAAGCACUGAUCCGAUGGUGCUAUAUAUUCAGUAUAAGGGCCAGAGCCAUUGACAUAUGUUACUGUUUAUUAUAUGCAACAUUUAAGAGGAGAUGCUGUGAGCACUAUGUCUUACAUUAAACUUUUUUUAUCACUCAAGCAAUGCUUAAAGGGCUGUUGUAGGAAGUCUUACAUGAAAAAUGAAAUGGAAAGCGGGUUGUUAGUAGAUGGCCAUAGACUGUUAAAAAAGAGAAAAAAAAACACACUUAUCAAUGCAGCUUUGUCAUUGAUUGAACAUUAACAGAGACCAAAUAUUUAUUCAGUGACACAUGCACAUUAAGUCGUGUAUAAACCUCAAAAGUCGUGACUUUUUUUCACCUCUUGUUCAGAAAACAAGGUAGUACAUCAGCUGACACCUCAGCAAAACAGUUCAUCACAACAGAGAAACUAAACUGCAGUAUUUUCAUACCAACACCUGUCCUAGGUAGGAAUGAAAAGCUACUAAAUGGUGAAAAAAAAAAAAAUAGGUGAAAGAUAAAAAGGGAACGUGGCAAGGUGGCAAAAAGAAAGUUUUUGAUUGUCCAUUUUUAUAUAUAUUUGAGCCACUUUAUUACCAGAUGUGUCUUUUAAAUGUAAUUGUUUUAUUUUUAUAUUAUGUAUAAUCUUACUAAAUGCUUUGUAAUGCAAUGUACAGUAGGCAGUAGCUACUGAAUGAAGGCUGUUCUGUAAACUGAUAGAAACAGUAUUAAACUUCUUUUUUUUUUCAAGGAUUCAGGCAGUAUUUCUCAUAUAUGUAACAAUUUGUUUUCAAGUAUUUUAUACACAGCAUGCAACACAUCUUGUAUGAUUUUUUUUUCUACAAUGUGGAUAAAAUCUUGAGCAAAUGAUGCAUUGCUCUCCUAGUUUGAUGUCCUCUCCUUAUCUGCUGGUCUCGGAUGUAGAAAAUCUGUAAGGUCCAUCAUGCAGUGAUAGAAAACAAAAGCCGCUGUCAUUGUGUUACACGAGUUGGGAAGCUAUUGCGAUCGGCCCACCAGUUCUCCCCAGUUCAAUCUUUUAUAGUUUUACUCAGGUUGAUGUAUGAUGUGUCAGCAGAGCCACUGAGCCAAAACAGAGCCAAACCUUUGAGUCAAAAUCCCAGCGACCAGCAUGUGCUUUCAAUCUGGACACUCCCAGCACCCCACAGACUUUCUUCGCAAUUUCACUCAACUGCUGCCAUGCCGCAAAAAAUUGGCUUGUUUCCCCCCCUAAAAUUGUAACAGGAGUUACAGGAGUGGUUGUGGACAUUGUUAUGGUCUUUGUUUUGUUUAAUUUUGCAUGGUUUAUUUACAGACUGACUGAUUAUUGGUGAUUAUCUUAUCAGUUUGGCAGCCAGUGGUGCAAUAAUGUAAUUCCUUCUUCCAUUUAUGCAAUAGAAAUAGCCAAUAAGAACAUUGGUGGAUAAGCUGAAAGUCUUUCAUUUUCCAAACAGACUGAUAUGCAAAGAGGAAAUGUCAGAUUUAAUUCAUUGUAUAAGUACAUUGCAAAACCACCAUCCUUUCUGUAUUAACUAUAGAGUUACAUCUAGUAAAAUUCAAUCUUUCUCAUGUAUAACCUGAUAAAUAUCCCAAUAACAACUAAAAGAGAUUGCAUUAUCUGUGUAGAACUAUAUUAACCUAAUGAGAAAUGUGUUUACCAAACGCUUAAUAACACGAGUUAAUAAGAUUCAUGCAAUGUAAAAAGUGAUUAGUUUUAUUAAAUAGAAUUUCAGUGCUGUUAAGCAGCUCCUGAGAUGCCACAGCCACUCUUAAGGAUUAUUUUUUGUGUGUAUUAUUUAGACCAAAUACACACUCAGGUUCACAUUUACUUGCUGUUAGUGUGUUGAUAUCUGAAGCAAAGUGUGCUUUACUUUGGACCCCAAUACAAUGUGAAAUGACUUCAUUAUUUCUUUUGAGGCAGCUUCUGACACAUAUUCUUCAUAUACGUAAGAUGUAUUACUCUCUGUAUUUUCACUGUUUGUAAACCAAGAGGCAGUAUUUUAGCUAUGAUAUCCAUGCCCGUUUUUCAAUAAAGUCAUAUGAAAUAAAGA